CAGCUCGUUCCUCAAAUAUGGACAAACUGGCGAACCAAGAAAACCGAUGGGUUGCCAGGAUCUAUGAUGUUCCUAUGGGCAGCGUGUGGUGUACCUUUCGGUGCCUAUGCCAUCAUUCAAAACUUCAACAUCCCGAUACAAGUACAACCUCAAUGUUUUAUGCUGUUUUGUCUCAUCAGCUGGACGCAGACCCUGGUCUACUCACGAAAAUGGGCAACCUGGAAAGCUUUCCUCGCCGGUAUUGCUGUUGGAAUUACGUUCGGAGGUCUCGAAGUGGCUCUCAUCUUGCCCUUACGGCCCAUUUACGAAGCCGGUAAUGACAUACCACCUUUGGUGGUUGGUAUUGUUGCGAGUGUCCUCCUCGCAGCAGGUUUGCUACCCCCAUACGGGGAGCUUUGGAAACGAAAGGGCCGCGUUAUCGGGAUCAACUGGGUCUUCCUUUCCAUGGAUUGGCUUGGGGCGUUCAUUUCUCUUAUGGCACUAGUUGCUCAAAAUACGUUUGACGUUCUCGGUGGGGUAUUGUACAUCAUUUGCUGCGUUCUUGAAGCGGCAAUAUUCUUGUCCCACGCUAUUUGGCUCUUGCGCACGCGAAAGAUUCGAAAAGAAGCGGCUUCACAAGAUAAGACAUUCGAUGAUCUGGUCGCGGAGUACGAGGAGCGGGGCGUAACCUUCAGGUUCGCCGAGAGGAAAUCAAAAGAAACAGACGUAGAGGUUGGCCUGAGUGGCACUGGCCCAUAG